AGGUGGAGAUGCGAAUCACUCCCUCCAGCUGCAGCAUCCCUUCUCGACAUGGCGACGGUCAGACUGCUCAAAAAGGCCGGUGGGGCGGUGCGGCACUACAGCACUGCGGCCCUUCAGGAUGUGGUCAUCGCCAGUGCCGUCAGGACACCUAUGGGCUCCUUCAGGUCAUCCUUAGCAUCACUGCGUGCCCCCGAGCUGGGCGCUGUGGCGGUAAAGGCGGCCGUGGAAAGGGCAAGUCUGGGGCCCAAGGAUGUACAGGAGGUGUACAUGGGUAACGUGGUGGCGGCGAUGUCAGGUCAGGCUCCGGCGAGGCAGGCGGCGCUGUUUGCUGGCUUGGACAAGACCACACCAUGCACCACUAUCAACAAGGUGUGCGCGUCGGGGAUGAAGGCGAUCAUGAUGGCCUGCCAGUCCAUCAUGGUGGGCAGCAACCGAAUCAUGGUGGCGGGCGGCAUGGAGAGCAUGAGUAACGUCCCCUACUACAUGGCCCGGGGCGACACCCCCUACGGCACCGUGACCCUGGUGGACGGCAUAGUGUUUGAUGGGCUGACGGACGUUUAUAACAAGAUCCACAUGGGCAACUGUGGGGAGAACACGGCCAAGAAGAUGAGCAUUACCAGGGAGGAGCAGGACCAGUUCGCGCUUGAGAGUUACCGGCGGUCAGCGGAGGCGUGGAAGAGCGGAGCCAUGGCGGAGGAGAUCGUGCCGGUGACCAUUAAGGGGAAGAGGGGGAAGCCGGAUACUGUUGUCGGGGAGGACGAGGAGUACAAGAAGGUCAACCCAGAGAAGUUCACCAAGCUGGCAACCGUAUUUCAGCGUGAGGGCGGGACGGUCACAGCCGGCAAUGCAUCCACCUUGAACGAUGGAGCCGCCGCGUGUGUGUUGAUGAGCGGAGAGGCGGCUGCGGCGGCUGGUGUGACCCCCAUAGCCAGGGUGGUGGGCUUCUGUGAUGCUGCGACGGACCCCAUUGACUUCCCCAUUGCUCCAGCAUUUGCCACGAACAAGCUGUUGGAGCAGACCGGGAAGAGCGUGGGAGACGUGGCGCUGUGGGAGGUCAACGAGGCGUUCUCCGUGGUGGUGCUGGCCAACAUGAAGAUGUCCAACCUUGACCCGGCCAAGGUCAACGUGCAUGGGGGUGCCGUCUCCCUUGGACACCCCAUUGGCAUGUCAGGUGCCCGCAUUGUGGUCCACCUGGCUCACUCCCUGAAGGCGGGUCAGCUUGGCGUGGCUUCCAUCUGCAACGGGGGCGGGGGAGCAUCUGCCAUUAUGAUAGAGAAGCUAGCCCCCCCCAGGAAAAGCGGAACUGUGCCCACCCUCACCCUCUUCACUAAGGACUACUGCCCCCUCUGUGACGUGGCCCUGGAGGUCCUCCAUCCCCUACUGGCACAAGUUCACCUGGAGACCGUGGACAUCGAGGCACCUGGUAACGAGCGAUGGUUGGCACUCUAUGGCACCGAGAUACCUGUGUUCCACCUGGAGGGCCGCUACCUGAUGAAGCACCGCGCCGACCCUCACCUGCUGGCCCGCAAGAUUAGGGAGUUUAAGGACAGCUUGCAAGAGAUGAGAUAGAGAAGAAGGAACAGAGGAGAGGAAUGGAGGAAGAAGAAAAGAAGAAAGAUUGAUCAUACAAGAAGGAAGACGACGAAGAAUAUGAAGAAAAGGGCAGU